GCGAAGAGAGUGAGCGUGGAAAGAAACGUUGCUAUGGCAAGCCUAUAAUUCAAAAAGAGAAGAGAGAGAGAGAGAGAGAGAAAUGGAAAGCUCAAGGAGAGAGAAUAUGAACUCGAAACUCCGAGCUUGCAAAUUGUAAGGAAGGCGGUAUCUCAAGGCGAUCGAGUUCAUGUCCCUCUAAUUCAUUCAUUUGCUGAAAAUGCGGGGUGCUGGAAAAAUAGUCAAGCAGCCAGUGUCAAGGAAAUCCUCCAUGACAAAGAGACUGAUGGGGUACAAAAUGAACCCUACACCACAGAAGAAGAUACCAAGGAGAUAUAGGAUGAAACCAAAGUCAUGUGUAAAGUCAAUUCGUUCAGCUCGAGCAAAGAAUAAGGUAUUUGAAGCUUCCAAAAAACAUGGAGACACUAUGGAGAGAAUUUCUGAUCAGCAUGGUGAGCAUAGCAGGACACAUACUCCAACCCAUGAAGGUUCCUAUAAAUGCUACAUAAGAAGGUCUUUGAUGAAAGAUAGUGAUGACAAAUUGCUAAAGUCUGGUUGUAAAGGAAAAAGAAAAGACACCAAUGUGGAUGAUGGAAUUCAAAAGAAUAAGAGGAAAAGAAGGCGGAAAAGUAGAAAAGAAAACAUCCACAGCAAUGAGGCAUUACGGCUGCAGAGAAGAACAAAGUACCUCCUUAUCAAAAUGAGGCUGGAACAGAACCUUAUUGAUGCGUACUCUGGAGAAGGUUGGAAAGGCCAGAGUCGGGAAAAAAUAAAGCCAGAGAAGGAAUUGAGGAGAGCUGAAGAGCAGAUACUAAAAUGUAAGCUGGGCAUUCGUGAUGCAAUGCAUCAGCUGGAUUUGCUGAGUUUUGAAGGGCGCAUUGAAGAUUCUGUCAUUGCUCAGGAUGGAUCUGUCUUUCAUGAACAUAUUUUCUGUGCAAAAUGCAAACUUCGAGAUGCUUUUCCAGAUAAUGACAUUAUUCUUUGUGAUGGGACCUGUAAUUGUGCCUUCCACCAGAAAUGCCUGGAUCCACCACUAGCCACUGAAAAUAUUCCUCCUGAAGACGAAGGAUGGCUUUGCAAGAUUUGUGAAUGUAAGAUGGAAAUCCUAGACACUCUUAAUGCAUAUCUUGGUACCUCUUACUCCAUGGAUAAUGGUUGGGAGGAUGUAUUUAAGGAAGCAGUCAUUAGUGCUGAUGGCGGCAAUGUGUCUUUAAAUCAUGGGGAUGAAUGGCCUUCAGAUGAUUCUGAAGAUGAUGACUACGACCCAGACAAAGUUGAGGAGCCUGACAUGGGAUCAGGGUAUGACGAUGCACAUAAUGAUGCUAGUAGUUCAGGUGGAUGGUCAUCCGAUGUGGACAGCCUUGAAGAUGGAAUAUCUUUUCUUAGUGAAGAUCUAAAUAGUGGCUACAACAGACCUCAACAAAGAGAAGAGGAUGCUGAUCAACCUUUUGAUUCUGUCAUCAAUAUUAAUUCUGAUAAUGAGCAUGAUAUUGAUUUCAAAAAUUGUGGAAGAAGGAAAAGGAGGGAUGUUGAUUACAAAAAACUAUAUGAUGAGAUGUUUGGAAAGGAACCUUGUGAAAGUGAGCACCUCAGUGAAGAUGAAGACUGGGGACCUCAAAGGAAAAAAAGAAGAGAUAAAGACCCAGAAAUGGGAAGCUCUUCUGCUCCACAAAGUGAAGAUAAGAUUUUAUGCACGGGCAUAACAAGGCAUGAGGAAAAGAACUCUGCAAGUACAAAAGAUAAAAAGCAAGUAUUCAGGAUUCCUUCUAGUGCAGUCGAGAAGCUCCGUGUGGCAUUCAUUGAAAAUGAGCUCCCCUCAAGGAAGUUUAAAGAGGACUUGUCGAAGCAGUUGGGUCUUGCAUAUGAAAAGGUUAACAAGUGGUUUAAAAAUGCGAGAUAUGCAUCUCUUAAAUUGAGAAAGGAAGGAAAGCAGGAAGAAACUAGAAAAGAACCUCCCAAUGUUGUACAACCAAGCAUGGAAAUAACAAGGAGACAAGAUGCCAAUCAAGCAGGCUCCAGGUCUCCCAUCCCUUCUACAGCUUCAACACAAGCACCUGAAAGCAGAGCAAAAAUUUCUCGGAGAUUGAGGACAAAGCUAUCCAUAUCUUCCAGAAAGGAAUGGAAAAAAGCACCAACUCCAUUGCCAGCUGAUAUAAUUGAGAGACUUGAAGCUGCAUUUCGUGAGAAUCAGUUCCCUUCUGUGUCUCUUAAGCGUAAGCUGUCAAGGCGGUUACACAUACCAUAUUACCAGGUAAGUUUCUGGUUUAGGAGCAUGGUUAAUGGCCCUAUACAGAAGAGGAAAGCAAAAGUAGUAAGGCGAGGAAUAACGUCCAAACCUACUUCUGCAUCAGAAAUUACAUCUGACAUGUGUGAGAAGGAUGAUGAGAAACGACCACUUUUUGUUUUGAUGGAGAGACUUUUCCAGUUAGAGGAUAAAAUCGACAAGCUUAAGGGUGUGUUAAGAGCUGCUGUUGACAGCAAGGAUGAUGUAAAAGAAGUCAAUGUAAGCAAUUCAGAUAAACAGAUUGUGAUGUAUGUUCCAGUAGUAGAGUUGAGGGAGAACACAAUCAUUUGUAAAUCAUGUCCAUGAAACUCUUGUAUACCCCUUUCACAGAAAUAUAUUCAAUAAGAAAAAUCAAUUCUA